AUGCAUCAAACUGAGUCGUGGGGGUCUUACAUGGCAACAAGAACCAGCCUUGGCGACCCACUGGAACGCAUAGGAAGGCUAGCCUCAGAGAAUGCAGUGGUGAUCUUUAGCAUAAGCUCGUGUUGCAUGUGCCAUGCUAUAAAGAGGCUCUUUUGUGGCAUGGGAGUGAACCCAACAGUGUACGAGCUGGACGAGGACCCAAGAGGUAAAGAAAUGGAGAAGGCUCUCAUGAGGCUUCUCGGUAGCUCCUCUGCCGUUCCUGUUGUUUUCAUUGGUGGUAAGCUUGUGGGUGCCAUGGAUAGAGUCAUGGCUUCCCAUAUUAAUGGCACUCUGGUCCCUCUUCUUAAGGAAGCUGGUGCUCUUUGGCUUUGA